AUGAAUAACAGACUGCAUAUUCGCAAUGCAGAAAGAUACAAGCAGGGUGAAAACAUUUGUGUUGCCUGCAUGGGACCACCAGAAAAUUCUGAUGAACAUCCAUUGUUUGAUGCAGUGAUUUGUACUGAAUGUAAGUGCCUUGCAGCCAGAGAACAUUUCUUGAUUGACUUCAUCUUUGCAAGUACCAUAGGGGCUGUGGAUAUUGUUAGCUGCUGCAGUGGUGUUUCUCGUGGGCACUGCAGACAGCAUUCACUGUCACAGCCAGGCCUGUACCAGAGUCCUAAUGACAGCUUUUACUGUCAGCUGGUUCCACUACCUGUGAUCCUGCAGACAUCUAAAGCUGCUCAGUGGAAAGGGCCAAGAAAUAUAUGUUCACUACAAAGGAGAAUAAACUGGUUGCAUGUGCCAUCUGUUUCUGGAAGAGUGAUGUUAACUGUACAAGUAAUUCCUGUCUCUGGACCUUUUGUACAGCGUGCUGUUCCGCAUUCACUAUAAGCAGAGCCAAC